AAUUCUAAUUCUAAUUCUAAUUCCAGAAUUUUUCUGAUUCUAAGAAUGAGUGGAGAACAGAGCAGUGUAAAACAAACACUUAAAGUAAGAGCACAGUAAGGAAUUAUUUGGAUUGUUGAUUUUUUUAGCUGCAUAUCGUCUAUGAAGGGAAGUCUGGUUACUAAAGGACAUGGAAGAGCGGAAAUUUCUAUACCUGUUACUGGACAAGGUGCAGUCCAAUUCUUCAGUCAUUAGUAAGAUCUGGAUGAGAGCCUUGUUUAUAUUUAGGAUCCUGAUUCUGGCAACAGCAGCUGAAAUGGUCUGGGCAAACGAGCAGCCCAGAAUUGUGUGCAAUACACAAAAACCUGGUUGUGAUAUUGCCUGUUAUGACCACUUGUUCCCCAUCUCUCCGAUUCACUACUGGACCGUUCAGGUAAUUGUCGUGUCCAUGCCGACAUUACUGUACCUGUGCCACGUCAUCCAUGUUGUCCACAAAGAGAACACCCAGCGAAAGAGAAUUAAACGAAAGCAUGAUGGUGAAACCAAAAACAGGUCCACAAACAUAUAUGAGAAGAGUAAAGGGAAGAUCCAGUGCAACCUGUUUGCGAGCUCCUUUACUCGUGUUUUUUUGAAGGUCGUCUUAGAGCUCGCUUUCAUCGCGGGUCAUUACUACCUAUACGGCGUUAUUCUGAGACCUCAGUUUAGCUGCCAUCAAAAUCCAUGUCCUUACAUAGUGGAUUGCUACAUGUCACAUGUAAUGGAAAAGAACAUCUUGAAUGUCUUCAUGUACGUGAUAGCAUGUGUGUCCCUGCUGCUCAAUGUGAUCGAGGUCCUUUUCCUGCUGUGCGGUCAAGAGCAAGUCAAGCGUGAAGCAGGGAAUGAGAAAAUCGAUCGAAAACAUCAACAGUUUAUAAUGGCAGCCUAAACGUGGAGCUGAAUUUCCUCCAGAGCAAAACAAGAUGAAUAAAAAUCACAUUUUUUUUUCUGUCA